AUGGAGUACGAACAGGUCACGCCAAAGAGCUAUCCAGUCAAUCUUAUUAAGAAAGACUGGACUAAGCGAAAACUAUUUUAUAGAAGUCCGACAAAAUCCGUUCCGGAUAUGAUCCACGAUUUGGAAAUCUUCGAAGAUGAUGUUUGGAUUGUGACCAAUCCCAAAUGUGGCACCACUUGGAUGCAGGAACUUGUUUGGCUGCUGAUGAAUGAUUGCGAUUUCGAGGCGGCGUUGGCCAAGGACUUAGAGUUACGCUCACCUUUCCUAGAAUUUGAUUUUGCAGCACACGGUGACGAGAAAAGGGCCUUACAACGAGUGCUAGAGCUUCCAUCUCCUCGUAUUAUAAAAUCCCAUUUGCCGCUGGCUUUGCUGCCUGCUCAGUUGUGGCAGAAGAAAGCCAAAGUGGUUUAUGUCUUUCGGAAUCCUAAGGAUGCCUGGGUAUCUGCUUAUUAUCACGGUGUUACUGUUGGCUUCCAGUAUGGCAAAACCUUGCACCAGUUUAUCGAUGAAUGUCUAGAGAAGCAAGCUCCAAAAAAAGAUCCUGUCCUUCAUGCCAUCGAGUUUUAUCAGCUACGCAACGAGCCCUGGAUAUAUUAUACUAGCUUUGAGCAAAUGAAACGCAAUCUACGGGGAGUUAUUGACGACCUUUGCAAGUUUCUGAAUAAGUCAAUAACGGACCAGCAAAUGGAACGACUUUUGAAACACCUCUCCUUUGAAGAAAUGAAAAAAAAUCCCACAACGAAUCAUUUGUGGGAGCUAACUCAAUGGCCCCAUGCGGACAGCGGCAAAGAAGUCUACAAUUUCAUACGCAGUGGCAAAGUAAAUGGAUAUAAGGAAGAGCUAACACCCGAAGAGAUUGAAAGAGCGGAUCUUUUCUUAUCGCAAAGACUGCAGGAGAAUCAGGUUACUCUCGAAGAACUCUUGCUUCUUGAUUAAUAUGUUGCUAAUCAUUGAGGUAACUAGUGAUGUAAAAAUAUAUCGAAGUAUCGAUAACUCGAUUUUCGCGGAAGCGAUUAUUGAGUACUUUAACGCGAUGAUUUUUUUGACGGUCUAUCGAGUUGAUUAAAUCGAUUUUCAAAAAAAAAGCAACAACUCACUGGGGAUUUUUUAUCGUAGUUAAUUUGUAGAAUUGAGUUUGAACGACUGUAAUAUUAAGUAAUCUUCAAAAUUACUAAAGUUUGAAUAAAGCAUGAAAACGAUAC